GAUGAAACGUCUUCGAAUCCUGAUUCUAGUGCUGGCCAUAACAAACACAGCGUUUUCUACAAGGAUUAUUUUGAAACGAUUUCAGUGCAUAGGCUACCCGUACGAGAUCAGUAAACUGCGCUACUGUCAGUUGGAAACGCUACGCAACGGAACACAGGUGACCGGAGUUGUUGUAGAAAUUUUACACAAUUUGCAAAAGGUCUUCGUUACCGGUGGCCUUUACAUACAGUACUUCCGGACACGCGCUCAACUGCUAACCACCACGAUGGAGUACUGUCAGGAAAACCGGGACCCACUGUCGGUUGGAAAUGCGGCAACAAAAUUUACCCUAGAUUAUGCGCAGCAGCAUUUUCCGCAGCUAAUUACCGAGUGUCCUAUCGAACGCGGUAAGUUGUUCAACGUUACCGGUGUGCGUGUUGAAGAUGCGCUUAUACCAGCAUUUGUGAUACCGGGAUCGUACUACGUGGAGUUGCGCAUCUACAACAAACGAAAUCAAACCGUAUUUAGUGGUUCGUUAGAUGCAGAGAUAAAAUGAAUAAAAAGAAAGGGAAAUCUGUCAAAGGUGCAUUGUAAAACUGCUGACAUAGGAAAACAAUGAGAAAACUAUAAAAUAAUAUAAAAAUAAACAAUAAACAAUAUAAUCAGUACCAAGAAAGAAUUAGCAAUAAAAAGGCAACUGUACAACGAAUCAAGCAAGAGCUCAAUGCUCACGAUACAAAACCA